UCAGGAACUUUAUCUGGCUAGUAAUUGCAUCGGCAUGCUGGCUCUCUGGUGUGCAUGUGCAGGCAUUUGGUGAGCAGGAGACAAAGCUGCAGAAGCUUUCUGUUGGCAUCCACACACAAGGAUGAAUUAAAUGCACACACGCCUCCUGGAAAGGACCAUGGCUGGAUUCUACGGUUGCCUGAAAAGUAAAAACAUAAUGCUCUGGAAAAGCUCACGUGGAUGGUACAGCUGAUUGAACUGAGCAUACAUGGCAUUGAUACAUCCUGACACUGCAUCAGUCUGCUCUCAUCAAGGCCUGGAAGUGCUGAAUAUCUGAAGUGACUAUAUCAUGGCUACGGGGCCAGCAGAGGUCACACAGUCACCUGAAACAGGAGGGACAGUUGAAGAGUGCACAGGAAAGAAAAAAUCCAAAUUUCAGACGUUCAAGAACUUCUUUGCCAAGAAGAAAAGGAAAGAGCCUCCACCUCCCAGGGGAGAGAGUAAUUUAAAACCUAGCCAGUCCAGCAGCGAUGUCAGCGUCUCUGUGCUCGGCGCUGCUGCGCUUCGCUCGCCCAAGGAGGCUGGGCCCAAAGGAAGCAUGGGAAACAAAGCCUUGUCCCAUGACAGUGUCUUCAUUUUUGAGUCUGCAGCAGGAAAUGUGGCAAGCAACAAGUUAUCUCAGGAAAGCAUACCUGGAAGAGUGAAAACUUUGCAGCUUCAGUUGCAGCAGAACAUCAGACUUGGAUCACCUCCUCUUGUUAUAACUGGAAAGAAGCUGGAAGAUGCAGGUGCUCUUUCUGAAGAUGAUGGUUUACCUAGAAGCCCUCCUGAAAUUUCAACCCUUCAUGAAGUUCUGACGGAUUCACCAAGCAAGUCCUCCAACCCUGUUCAGCGUCAUAGCUCUUUGAGUUUAGGCGGGACAGACAGUGAAGAUGAACAGAUACCUUCUGGAGCAUCCUCCAGGCCCAUCAGUCCUUCAUCCCCAGCCACUCUGGGAGCCCCCAGCUCCCGAGGCAGCACCUUCCUUCCCGUUGACUUCACCAUCCCUGCCAGUCCCCUUGGCUGCCUGGACACCUCAGCAGCCCGGCACAGGAUUGCCCUGAACCCCCGCAAACAGAGAGGCUUUGCCAACAAGAAUCAGCAAACCUUCCAGGUGGAACAGCUGGAAAAUGAAGCAUGUCUUCCUGCAGCCCCAGAAAAGAAGGGAAAUUCGACAGAAUUACUUGAAAGUGACGAGCAUAAAAGUGAUUGGGGAGGAUUAUCAGCCCAGGUGGGACAUUGUGCAAAGGGAGGCAGUUCUAAGGAGGCACCAGGUGUAAAAAGUCCCACUGAUGCUGCCUGUGACUUUUGUGAUUCCACACUUGUGGUGGAAGACCCUUGUGCUUUGCUGCAAGAAGACGCCGGCUUUCCAGACAUGGACCACCAGUGUAAAGCAGCUGCAUCCCUUCUGACACCUGAGCCUUCUCCAGGGAACUUGGAGGAACACCACAGUGCAACAGGGUCAUACUGUUCAGAUGAGGCUGCUGAUGAAUUGAGAUUGCACCAGCAAAAUUCCAGCACUGAAGUAUCUCCACUUCCAAAACAAAUUGAAGGAGAAACGGUUGUAUUUCCAGUUGUACUACCAGCUGACUUGUUUAGCAAUGGUGUGGAAAAAGAGGGCAUGGAUACAUUGGCAGAUGUUGCACAAAGGUCCUCAGUAAAUUCUGUGGACCUGAACAUCAAAGACCAGGAAAAGGGGGAUCCACUGUUUAUUGGCAGAGUAGAGGCCUGCUUGGGUACUCUUGAGAAUCAUUCCAACGACACUGUCUCAGAUACUGCACCAAGCACUCCACAGGUUGUGGGAGCCAAUUCAGAGUCAUCUUCUGACAUCAAGACAGUGACUGUUUUGAAGCCUGAAAAGAGUUCAGUAGCAAGAAAUGGCAAAGAAGCUUGUGAAAGAAUGGAAUUUCAGUCAUCCAAAGGCAAUGCAGAAAAAAAAAUAGAGACUGCUGCAUCUUUCUGGGAAGCAGGUUUUGUGCUAUCUCCCAGUACCUUGGAAGCAUGUUUCAAAGCAGAAACUGUGUCUGUUUCAAUGGGUAACCAAGAGAGUCAACAGGCCAACAUAUCGUACACCUCUGAAAAGGCUUCUGUUGGAUAUCUUGCCUCUUCAAGUUUGACUGGCUUGAAGAGUAAUAUCUCUUCCAAUGAUGCCAGUAAGGAGCACCAGGUAAGCAGUGCAGCUUCUCACAGAAAAACUGUGGAAGGCAGUCGGUCUUCAGAUGAAAAUGUGAAAAGUCCACUGAAGACUGCUUCUGCUAAACCAGUCAGAUUUACCAUUGCACCAGCAUGGCAAAGAUCUCUCUCAGGUGGUUCAAAUUCAAAGGAAGAUUCCUAUUCCAGAAGUUCCCCAACAUCCCCUGUAAGACCAGAGUGGUUUGAAGGAAUGACAAAAGAACACACACGUUUUGAUGCAGUCAUCCAGGAAUCAGCAAAAGCCAACUCAGGUAGAUUUGAUCGAGAUUGUAAGGACAGUGAUUUGCAUUUCAGUGCUUCUAUGGAGUGGGCUGACCAUGAAGUACUAAAUGUUGAAAACCCAUUUGGGGUCAAACUAAGGAGAACAUCAUCUUUACUGAAAUACCAGAAUGAAAGGUGUGCUGAGCCUCCAAAGCUGAUCCCCUCAGCUGUUCCCGCUGCAUCUUCUGCUUCAGUCAAGGAGGAUCAGAAAUUGGUGGACAAUGGGAAGCCAUCUCCAAGCCUUCCUGCCAGCGCAAAAUCAUGUGUUAAAAAACCAGAUCAUCUAGAAGACAAAAAUCCUCCCAAGACAAGAGCUGAAGAAGUGACAAAGAAGCAAAAUGGUCAUAAACCUUCAGAAAAAGUCUCUUGUCCACAUUUGGAAACUGCUUCUUCUGAACCAGCUUGGGUCUUCAUGGCAAAACGGAAACAAAAGGGUUUUCAGGACCACCCUCUUGCCAAAGAACAUAAAACUGAAGACAAAGCUUUGUCCAAAGUGGAUCAUGAGGAGCCAGGGAUCUGUGCUAGUGAGAACAUACUGAAGAAAAAUACACCAUCCAGCUUGAGCUCUCAGGACAAGAAAAUGCAAACGAAGACCAGUGUGUCUGCUGCAGCAGGCAGAGCUGGACCUAUUGCUCAGGAAGCAUCUGUGAUUCCUGCUGCUGAAAAGGAAGCAAGACACUCCUCUAACCUGCCAAUGACACCGUGCAGCCCUGCUGAACCACCGUGGCUGUCCCUGGCCAAGAAGAAAGCCAAAGCGUGGAGUGAAAUGCCCCAGAUUGUACAAUAGGAAAAUGACUGAGCAUCCCUCUUUGUAUUGCCAAGAGCUGCGUUAACUCCAUUUAAUUGCUUCUUUACUGUGACGAUUUUUCUUGAGAAAUAAGAGCCUUAAGACUUUUGAGCAGACUGUUGUAUGUAAAUACACAGUGAAGAAAUGCCACUGCAGGCUUUAAUUUGAAGUGUUAGGACAAUGAGCAUUUCCUGCUACCAAAUACCAGGAAAACUUGACCAAUUUGUUAAAUCCUUACACUUUUGACAGUGAUGUUCUAAGAAGACCUGCUUCAGGCUUUUGAAACAUUUCCCUUACAAAAUAAGUUUUUAAAGUUUCCAGUGACCAUACAGUAUUUUGUGCAAUGUGACUUUGGCUAAGAAAUUAGUGUGUGCUAUAAAGUAGAUGUAAUGCUGGAUGCUGACACAUCAUGACUCAUGGGCAUUGAUGUAAUCACCCUUCUUUAUCUAAUGCUUUGGGAUGAGCAGUCUGACUUUGCUUCUGAUUGUUAAUGGAACUAUUUUGUGAUAGUUAUAUGAUCUAAACAGCAUUGUGAGUUGGAGUAGUUCUGAUUUUUGGGUGGUUUGAAGUCACAACACUGUGCAUCUUCUGCUUUGCUCCUUGAUGCCUGCUGGAAUGGCCCAGAGCCACAUACCUUCUGUUCUUUCCCAUGCAUUGAAAACCACCACAGUCUUGCAUAUAAUCUACUUUUGGUUACACCUUUAGAAGUUGGGCAUUCUACCAAAGAAGAAAAGUACUUUCUUUAAUUAUGGCAAAUAGUAGUUGAUUUUUUGAGAUUCCUCAGCCAACUGUUGCUCUUUAAAAGUGUGUUGGGGAUGGGAACUAUUUGCUACCCAGAAGAUGGUACCUUGUUUUCAACAAAUUCCACUCCAUGUUCGUGUGGAUGUGUAUUUAGUCAGGUGUGUUUACUAUGAAUUAUAAAAGAGGCAUCUGCUUUCCUCCUUGCCUCAUUAGUCUUUAUCCAGUAACUCAACAUCAGUCUAAGAACGUGUGGCUGGGAAGGGAUUAUUGUCUCAGGGCCUGGCCUUGCAGUCACUUAAAUUGACAGAAGUUUUGCUAUUGACUUUGAAGGAAUAAGACAUUUGAAAAAGAAGCUUUGUAAAAUGAUGCUAGGGGCUUAAGUGACAGUAGCACUUACCAGUCAUUUUCAGUUUUUGCAGCAUUGCACGUUUAUGUGGGUUUUGUUUACAGUCAGUGCAAAAUUUGAAGGCUGACUUGGCUGAUGGACAGUUGGUAGGUAUUUUUAAGGCAAAUAUUAUCUAUUGACAGGAUUAACUGCAAAACAAAGAUUUUGGUUUCAGAUCAGCUGAAGCAAGACAGUCUUGGCCUGAAUUUAAUAUGUAGCUCUUGCAAUUUGAAAACAGUAUUAAUUAGGAGCUAGACUGUGAUUGCUUUUUUUAAAUCUAGGUGAAAAGUUACCCAAGUAGACUCACUGAAGCUAUAGAUACUGUUUAUUUUGUACUAACACCAGAAAGUGUAAGUUUUACAAUGGCUUGGUAAUCCAUGCCUAUUUUACUACUUGCUUUUCUGUAUUUUAGAAAGCAUAUCUUCUCUGACAAAGAACUGAAAUGUUUGUAUUUCUCUGAAACUUUGGAGUGUAAUGUAAAUGAACACAUCUGGCUUUGAUUCCUGAAGUUCUGCUGUCCCAGCACAGGCUUACUGACCCUGUGUAAAACACGUGCAUUUCUAUAUUCAGCAAACUCUCUUCUCUUUUUAUUAGUGUGGGUUGUGCUCCUUCACCCAAAGUACUGCAAAUGAUGCUAUAAUCUCUCUUUCUCUGUGCUUGCUUUUCAUCUUAAUAUUGUUCCCGUCUUUUCUGUUUGGUAUGUAUAUAUGUUUUUGUAAUCCUUGUCUUGAAUUGUAUUGUCCUUUUGUAUUCCAUACCUGUAUUUGUUUUAUGAUUAAAUGCUGUUGCCAGUGAUGAUGAUACAAUUCCUGGGAAGAGUGGUAGAUGGCCCUCAUUCAUUAAGGAAAAAUUAAAAAGAGGUCUUUGGUCAAUACAGGUUCUAUGUAUGGGUGUACUACAUAGGUCUUCUUUUGGAUGAUUUUUUGUGGCUUAGGACUCAUCAACACAGCUGACCAGACUAAAGAACUUUUCUAAAUGUAGUUGUUUAAAAGUUUAAAUCUUCACCAGAGAGCUGAUGGCUUUGGGAGUUAUUGCAGUGCAGGGUUGCCUUGGAGGCCAACAUUUGUGUUUGCAUGAUGCCUUGUAAAUACUUGUUUGAAUGUGUUUUGGUAUUGCUGGCCAGUGGCUAUAAGACAUUUUGGAGUGCUCAAAAAAGAUGAUUCUCAUGUGUUUUUCUUGUUUUUAAUGUUUUUUGUUAGCUCCCCAAAGGCAGAGAAAGAGACUAUGUUUAGGAAGGAAACUUGUUAUUUAUUUCAGGUUUGUGCAGAGCUGGGUGCUCGGUGGUUUCCCACAAAUCAAGCACACCAGAUGAGAUUUUCAACUCUCUCUAUAUACUCAAAACUGUAAAGUUAGGAAGCUUCCAAGUCCAUCCUCUUUACAAUGAUUGGUUAGCAAUUUACAUUCAGAUAUUAUAUGGUUUCCUCACUAUUUCUAAUAUCACACAUACUCAGGGGAGGGGUCUUCCCCUGGGCAGGGGUCUUUUUGACUUGGGUUGUGUGAUUUUUAGUAUUAUAAUGAGCUAAGUUCACCUGAAGGACACGAUAUCACAAGUUCCAUAGCUUCAGCUACCCAAGACUGGUUCAGUAGUCAAAUUUAUCCUUGAUUUUAGUUCUUUUUAUCACAUCCUGCAUUCCUUAGGUCCAAUUAUCUGUAUAGACCUUGAGUCUUCUUGUCAAGCAAGUGAUGUGCACGAAACACCCUUGAAACAUCUUGAUUUAUUGCCUUUUCAAGGCCUAGUUAUUCCAGGAUGUCCUUGCUCUGUGCUAACUGUGAUACUAAUUGUAUGUCUUUCUGAUUGCAAUGUUAACUUGUGUAUAUACUGAAUACA